CUUUGUAUAGAAAAUAGAUGCGCACAUCACAUGGCGUGACCUCCUUUUUGCAUUGUGUCUCUCUCCCACAUCACUACUGCCUGAUGCUAGCUGCUGCCAUAUAUAGCCCCGGCGGCCCUCUACAUACAGGCAAGCAAGCAAGCUAAGACUUUGCUAGGUAAUAAGCAAGGUAUUGGUAGGUGAUCGAUGGUGUACGGCGAUAGCAUGGACGCAGCAAGGAUCGUGGGGUAUUUCAAGGGCAAGAGCAUCCUCGUCACAGGCUCAACUGGCUUUCUUGGAAAGAUUCUUGUGGAGAAGAUACUCCGGGUGCAGCCUGAUGCCAACAAGCUGUACCUUCUGGUCCGGGGGACGGACGCAUCAUCUGCACAGCAACGCGUCCAACAAGAGGUGAUUGACUCCGAGCUGUUCGGCCUGCCGAGGGAGAAGCACGGCGCCGACGGGUUCCAGCAGUUCAUCCAAGACAAAGUUGUUGCUCUGUCCGGAGACAUCAUCCACGAGAACCUCGGGCUGGAGGCUCCCAUGCUCAAGGAUCUGGCAGAGGAGAUCGACGUCAUUGUUAACAUUGCGGCAACAACAAACUUCUACGGAAGAUAUGAUGUCUCGUUGGACGUGAACGUGAUGGGGGUGAAGCACCUGUGCCACUUCGCCAAGCAGUGUCCCAGGCUCAAGAUGCUCAUGCAGGUCUCCACGGCUUAUGUAUGCAGCGACAGGGAGGGCCUCAUCCUGGAGAAGCCCAUCGAGCCCGGCGAGUCGCUGCGGGAAGGCACCUACCUUGACGUCGACGCCGAGCUGCGGCUCGUCAGAGAAGCCAAGAAGGAGCUCGUGAUGAUGAACUCCUCCAGCGACGGCGACGCCCGCAAGACGGCCGAGAGGAAGGCCAUGAAGGAGCUGGGCCUCCAGCGUGCUCGCCACUUCGGGUGGUCCAACACCUACGUCUUCACCAAGGCCAUAGGGGAGAUGCUGCUGGGGCAGCUCCGCGGCGACAUGCCCGUGGUGGUGAUGCGCCCCAGCAUCAUCACCAGCGUCCGGGCGGACCCGCUGCCGGGGUGGAUGCAGGGCACGCGCACCAUCGACACGCUCAUCAUCGGCUACGCCAAGCAGAACCUCUCGUGCUUCCUCGGCGACCUCAGCGUGGUCGUGGACGUCGUCCCGGGGGACAUGGUGGCGAACGCCAUGAUGGCGGCGAUGGUGGAGCACUCGGAGGAGAAGGGCGCGGCGGCGGUGCCGGUGUACCACGCCACCUCGUCGCUGCGCAACCCGGCGACCUACUCCGUGCUCUACGAGGCCGGCCGCCGGCACUUCUACGAGAACCCGCGCGUGGGGAAGAACGGGGAGAUCGUCCCCACCAGAGAGAUGUGCUUCUUCACCACCAUCGCGCGCUUCCACCUCUACAUGCUGCUCACCUUCAAGCUGCCAUUAGAGAUUCUGCACUUGGUGAAUCUGCUGCUUUGUGGGCUCUUCUCGCGGCUUUACAACGACCUCAACCGCAAGUACAAGUUUGUGAUGCAUCUUGUCGACGUCUAUGGACCCUUCGCCUUCUUCAAUGGAUGUUUUGAUGACAUGAACUUGGAGCGGCUGAGGCUGAAGAUGGCAAUGAAGACUCCUGAGGAUCACAUGUUCAACUUCGACCCCAAGACCAUCGACUGGGAUGAUUACUUCACCAAAAUCCACAUACCUGGAGUUCUCAAGUAUUUGUGCAAGUGAAAUCUCAUAUGCUUGCGCUUCUCCGCCUUCUUCAUAUAGAAAAUAAAGCUCAUAUAUGUUGUGAAAAAAAAUACCAUUAAUCCGUUUGUCGUACAUGCAUGGGUGACUAUCAAGGAAAUAAAAGAAAAGGCGGCGUACUACAAGUAGACUACAUUGUUAGUACUUGUAUAUCUUAAAUAGUGAGAGACGUAUGCGCAUGUAUUAGGAAGCAACCUGCUAUCUGUAGUCUGAACUUGUACUCCUCAAAUAAAUACAGAGCAAAUAUGAUGAGUAAACUA